GCGCAGCCGCCUACACUUAAUCCUCUGCUUUCCCCCCCUCCCCCUCCCUGCCUGGGCCCUGGCUGUAGUCGGCUUUGUUCUUUUUGCCACACUACUUAGCUAUCUUGACUGGCCACCCGACCCCUUCCGCUCGUUCCAGGCGUGCUGCACACGUCCGCGCAAACAUGGCAGGCCCCAUUACCGCCGUCAACAAGCUGGCCCUCGCCAGCGCCGUCUUUGUCAUUAUAUGUCUGCUCAUUUUCUCCACCACGACCGGUCUCCGCGAAACCAGCACAAAGGUCGUGGAGCAGCUCAAGGAAUCAGCCAAAGAAACGACAAAUAACCUGUGUAACAACGAUCGCCCCGUCUUUGGGAAACCCUCCCUCAGCGACUCGUUCUUCCGGCUGUACGAGCCCAUACGCUAUCCGGUAGACGAGCCGACAUAUACCGAUGCGUCGGGCAAGGUCCACGAGGUCAAGGAAGAUGCGCCGUGGUGGCGAGAGCCACUGAGAAACCAGGUCUUGAUCGUUGACAUUGACACGCGGAUACCCGACAAGGAGAAUGAACUGUGGAACGAGCACCGACUGAACUGGGAGACGAUGAAGGCCGAGGGCGACGGUGGCAUGGUGAGCGCCAGUUUCAUGAACCACUUCUUUUACGCGCAAAUCCACGGCUACGACUACCGCUUCAUCAACGCCGCCGACAUGGAGGGUAUGCACAACACAUGGGUAAAACCACACGUGCUGUACUCGCUUCUCAAGUCGUACAAGUUUGUCAUCUUCAUCGACGCCGACGCCACGAUCCAACACCUUGAACUCCCCGUCGAAUGGCUGUUCAACCGCUGGGGCAUCACACCCGACACGAGCAUUGCCAUGCCGCUCGACACGCGCCAGAUUCUCAAUGGCGACGAGCACGCUUCCGAAGACAGCCGCGGCAAACUCGCUCUCAACACGGGCGUCGUAAUCGCCCAGGCGCUGCCCCACACCUUUGACAUGCUCGAGGCUUGGAAAGAAUGCCCCACCAGCGAUCGGUACCCUGAAUGCAAGCAAUGGGCAAACGAGUGGUCGCACGAGCAAAAGGCCUUUUCCGAAUACAUCCGCUACGACUUCAACCCCAACGGCACAAACAUUGUUGAGAUUCCCUGCAACGAUGCCAUGGGCUACCCGGGCAUCACCGACCAUUCGUGGAUCACGAGUAAAUGCACGGGUCAAUUUAUCCGCCACCACACCAUUGACAAGCACCGCACGAAGAAGAGUACCGAGGCAGCCAUGAUGCAGAGUCUGACGGAUCUGCUGCAUCAGGAGUUGCAUGGCAAGAGGGACACGUAUCUGGUCAAGGAGAAGGUGGUUACAGACACAAAGGGGAAUGAGCCUGAAUUGAUUGGCUUGUCGGGAUAAUGUUAAGGACAAGAAAAAAGCAAAAAUGUGGGGAACAAAGAGUGCAAGCUGCGUUUUGUAUCAUGAUUUAAGGGUAGAGAUUAUUACGGCCGGUGUUUGUGUGGAUAAUACCCAUUUCAAUUACUGUUUUGAGAAGCCUUUUUUUUUACUCGACUGGAUUGCUGCCCUGUAUUGAACGUGUUGGAUAUUGCUCAAUGUUUUAUCGCUUUAGGAUAGUGAUACCAAGCUUUUUCCUGCAAUACAGCAUGGCAUGGGAAAAUGCCGCU